CCUGUGUAAGAGCGCAGAAGUGUGUGCCCAAUAAGAAGACGCGCAGAUAGACAGGCAGCAGCAGCCACUCGAGUGUGACGAACGCGCCUCUGGCCUGGCACGCGCGUUACUGAUCCCUUGGGCAGCGGGAGGAGGGAGGUGAGGGCUGGAGUCGGCGGCGCGCUCGGUGCGGAGGAUGCUGCUGCUGGAAGUCAGGCUACAGAGAGACGCGAUUGCUUGUGUGUGUGACUGAGAGACAAGCGAUACCCACAGCCUUCAUAUUCUGCUAUCCGAGCCGGGCACUGGGGCGCUCUGAGUGCAGCCAUAGAGGAUUCCAAAAGACACAAAACGUAAAGGAACCCAAGCGAAAAUUCUGAAUACUGGCAGCUUCUAUUUCCAUGAUCCCUGAUUUCACCUUGAGAAAUAUUCUGUUGUGCUAAGAAGGAAGGCUUCUGUCUCUCAGCAGGAGAAGGCCUAGGCAGGCUUAAAAUAAUGCAGGAGAAGAAAAGUACUUUCCCAAAAAGAGCUUCUUUGGUUCUCUUCCUGUGUCAAGUAAUUACUGCGCUGGAAGUACCACUUGACCCUAUACUUCAAAAGGAAUUGCUCCAGCCUCCAACCAUAACACAUCAGUCACCAAAAAACUAUAUUGUGGACCCAAGAGAGAGUAUUGUGAUUCAGUGUGAGGCAAAGGGAAAACCUCCCCCAAGCUUUUCAUGGACUCGCAAUGGCACGCAUUUUGACAUAGAUAAAGAUCCAUAUGUGACAAUGAAACCCAACUCUGGAACCCUGGUGAUUAAUACCAUGAAUGGUGCACGAGUAGACGCAUAUGAGGGUGAAUAUCAGUGCACUGCCAGAAAUGACCGUGGUUCUGCUCUAUCCAACAACAUUGUCAUUCGCCAGUCCAACAUCUUAAAAAUCAUCAAAGCCAUCUUGUUAGAAGGAUCCCCUCUGUGGACAAAGGAAAAAAUUGAGCCAAUUGUUCUUCAACAGGGUGUUCCUUUGGUACUCCCAUGCAACCCUCCAAAAGGGUUACCACCACCUAUAAUAUUUUGGAUGGACAACUCAUUCCAAAAGUUGCCCCAAAAUAAAAGGGUUUCACAGGGUCUAAAUGGAGAUCUUUAUUUUUCUAAUGUGCAACCAGAAGAUACCCGUGACUUCUACAUUUGCUAUGCAAGAUUUAAUCUUACUCAGACUAUACACCAGAAACAACCUAUUUCCUUGAAAGUUUUAACAAUGGAUGGAUUAAAUGAAACUAUAGCUGCUAAUUUAAGUGACACUGAGUUUUAUGGUGAUAGUCCUGCUGGGGAAAGGCGGCCUAGCAUGCUGUUUCCAAAUAUGACCGCAAGUAAUAAGACAGUCUUACUCGGAGAAGUACUUUUGCUGGAAUGUAUAGCAGAGGGACUGCCUACACCUGAAAUCCAUUGGCGUAAAGAGAGUGCUGAUUUACCUGCCGGCAGAGUCUUUUAUGAAAACUUCAAUAAAACGUUAAGGAUUAUUGAUGUCACUGAAGCUGAUGCUGGAAAAUAUAAGUGUAUAGGGAGAAAUAUCCUGGGCACCACUCAUCACAUUAUAACCGUCAAUGUGAAAUCUUCACCAUAUUGGAUAUCUCCACCAACAAAUAUUGUAUUGUCACCAGGAGAGGAUGGAAGUCUGAUUUGCAGAGCAAGUGGCAAUCCCACUCCUAGUAUAACAUGGCUAAUUAAUGGGGUUUCCAUUGAAUUGGCUCCUACAGAUGCAAGUAGAAGAGUAGAUGGAGAUACAAUUAUAUUUUCUAAGGUGCAAGAUGGGGCUACUGCGGUAUAUCAGUGCAACGUCUCUAAUAAAUAUGGCUACUUGCUCGCAAAUGCUUUUGUAAAUGUUCUUGCUGAGCCUCCUCGAAUUAUGGUGUUGAAACACGUCUAUAAAGUGAUUGCUAACAACGUAGCCUUGCUUCACUGUCCUUUUUUUGGCUCACCGAAGCCUGAAAUUAAAUGGUUUAAAGGUGUUCAUGGGAGCAUUUUACAUGGAAAUGGAUAUGUUUUUCAUGACAAUGGAACUCUAGAAAUACCUGUGGCACAGAAAGACAGCAGUGGAAAUUACACUUGUGUGGCAACUAAUACAUUUGGAAGUGUCAAAGACAUGAUUGGACUUCAAAUCAAAGAUCCAACUAUGAUUAUUAAACAACCAGAAUACAGAGUAAUUCAGAGAUAUGGAAGUGCGCAUUUUGAAUGCAGGGUAAAGCAUGAUCCCACUUUAAAACCAGUGGUGUUGUGGCUAAAGGAUGACAGUGAACUUCUAAAUGAUGAAAGAUUUAAAAUGACCAAAGGCCAUUUGACCAUCAAGAAUGUAACAGAGAAGGAUGAAGGAACAUAUACUUGUGUGGCAAACACUGAUUUGGACACUGUUUCAGCCAGUGCAGUGCUUACUGUUGUAGAAGCUACUCCUACUCCAGCUAUUUUCUACGAUCGCCCAAAUCAUCCUUUUGAUUUGGAACUGACUGAUCAUCAUGAAAGAAGCGUGCAGCUCUCCUGGGUCCCCGGCGAUGAUAACAAUAGCCCCAUUACCAAUUUUAUGAUUGAGUAUGAAGAUGCAAUGCAUGACCCAGGCAUCUGGCACUUCCAGGCUAAGGUCAGCGGUACUCAAACCACAGCUACACUGAGUCUUUCUCCAUUUGUCAACUAUUCUUUCCGAGUCAUUGCUGUCAAUGAAAUUGGAAGCAGUGAUCCCAGUGAAUCAUCAGAGCAAUAUAUGACAAAACCAGCAGAGCCUGAUAAAAAUCCAUCUGGUAUAAAAGGAGUUGGUACUGAACCAGAUAACUUGGUUAUUGCCUGGGAACCUAUAAAAGGAUUCGACUCCAAUGGACCAGGGCUGCAGUAUAAAGUCAGUUGGAGGCAGAAAGAUUUUGAUGAUGAAUGGACAUCUAUUAUAGUUGCAAAUGUAUCAAAGUAUAUUGUAUCUGGAACACCAACAUUUGAACCAUAUGAAAUAAAGGUCCAAGCGCUGAAUGACAUAGGUUAUGCCCCUGACCCAUCAGUAAUCAUUGGAUAUUCGGGAGAAGACUUACCUAUGACUGCUCCGAGCAAUGUUGAAGUGGAAGUGAUUAAUAAUACACUGGCAAAAGUUCAGUGGGAAUCUGUUCCUUCUACAUCAAUCCGAGGCCAUCUUCAAGGAUACAGGGUCUAUUACUGGAAAGCUGAAAAUCAAACAAAGAGAAACAAAAGACAUAUGGAAAAACAUAUGCUAUCAUUUCAUGGAAACAAGACACAUGGAAUGCUCCCAGGACUGGAACCCUUUAAAUCUUAUAUUGUCAAUGUUAGAGUUUUCAAUGGUAAAGGUGAAGGACCUCCCAGCACUGACAAAUAUUUUGAAACACCAGAAGGAGUCCCUAGUGCUCCACUGAAGCUGGACAUUGUUGAAAGAACUAUUGAUUCUUUAACUCUUAUGUGGAAACCACCCGCUCAUCCAAAUGGGGUCCUAACCCAAUAUACGCUGAUAUUUCAAUCAAUAAACGCCACACAUGAGCUAAGUCCUCCAGUUGAGAUAACUAUUCCUACAAAUGAAACAAGUCUGGUGUUAAGGAAUUUAAACCAAAGCACACGCUACAAGUUUUACUUGUAUGCAAAUACUGCGGUGGGUCCAGGAAUCCAGAUAACUCAAGAAGCAAUUACUGCUUUGGAUCAGGCUGGUGUUCCCCCACCUGCUGUGGGUACAGGCAAAGAAACCCUUUCUGCUACUUCCCCUGUCAUGCACACUGUUUCUCCAACUUUCUACAAGGUUCGGCCCAUCCUUCCAAGGAUCAAGAAUAUAACAUCAGCUGAAACUUCUGCUACAAUCAUUUGGGAUUAUGAGGGUCCAGAAGUGAAGUUCUAUAUUAAAUAUGUAGAAAUAAGCAAAGAAGAUUGGAAAAAAGAAUUUGUAAAUGAUACUCGGAGCUACUAUGUAUUAAAAGGUUUAACUCCUGGAACAUCAUAUAAAGUUCGAGUUGUUGCUGAUGAAUUUUCUGAUUAUGGGGUUUCUGAAGAUACCUUUCAGACAGGUCCAGCCAUGGCAAGCCGACAAGUUGACAUAGCCACCCAGGGAUGGUUCAUCGGUUUGAUGUGUGCUGUGGCGCUCCUUAUUUUAGUUUUGCUAAUUAUUUGUUUCAUCCGAAGAAACAAAGGUGGUAAAUAUCCAGUCAAAGAAAAAGAAGAUGCCCAUGCAGAUCCAGAAAUACAGCCCAUGAAAGAGGAUGAUGGGACAUUUGGUGAAUAUAGUGAUGCAGAAGACCACAAGCCGCUUAAAAAAGGCAGCCGCACUCCUUCAGACAGAACUGUGAAAAAAGAUGACAGUGAUGACAGUUUAGUUGACUAUGGAGAAGGAGUAAAUGGACAGUUUAAUGAAGAUGGCUCUUUUAUUGGACAAUAUAGUGGGAAGAAAGAAAAAGAGCCCGUAGAAGGCAAUGAAAGCUCUGAAGCUCCAUCCCCAGUCAAUGCCAUGAAUUCCUUUGUUUAGUCACCAGGACAUGGUCAUACUUUUCUUCUCCAAGCUUACAUGUAAUGCACCCAAGCAUCAUAAGGUUAUAUGAGAAACACAAAAUGGAGGCAUAUUCAAGGCUCGGCCAAUCAUUUACAUUGCACAUGUUCAAUUGGUACCUGAUGUCUGUGUGGAAAAAAAGUACAACAUGGAAUAUUUUAAUCCAUGGCAUAUGUUAUUUUUUAAAGAUUGUGGAAAUGGAUGUCGAAUCAACUGAAAAAAAAUUUAAUUUGUAAAUGCUAUCUCCUUAAAGUGUAUUAAUGCAUGGAAUGAUGCACAUUUCACAGACAAAACAUGGUUUGAUUCUUUGUUAUGCAGUCCUCAGUCAGACACCUGGUAUAGAGUUCGUUGUCAGUGUUACUGUAGUAUUACAAUGUAUAGAGCUUCAAUGUCUUGGUUGACAUUGUUGGUGAAGUUGGUGACUUUAUUGUAUAUCUAUAAUAUGUCUUUUUUUAAAAGACAAGAAAUCUAUAUAAAUAUAUAUAUAUAAAAAUAUAUAUGAUGGCAAAUUAAUUUAAGUAUGACACUUGCAUUUGCUGAUGCUUAAUGAGAUCCAAAUAUAUGCUCUCUACUCCCCUUAUUUUAAAGUAUGAUGUACCAGUGUUGUAUUUUGUAAACCAUGUUUAAACCAGGUUGUUAAGAGUCCAUAAAAAUCAUAUGCUUUGCUAUGCAUUGUGGAAUUUCUUCUGUCACAGUCACUGAAGAGCGAUGGAACUGAAUCGUCUUUGUGUAUUCAUAAUCAUAUAGUUCAGUGCCUUUAUUUGAUAUGCAUUCCAUAAUGCACUACUCCUCUGAAGUUUGCUGAUAGUUGUAACACCAGGUUAGUUUACUGCAGUGUCAUCUUCGGCAUAAAUAAGAUAUAUGUUUGUACAGACAGGAAUUAUGAAAAAAAAAGAGAAUGGAAAACAAUUACUAUAGGAUAUUACAUGUUUGCUGCAGUGUUUAUACUCUGUUCUGAUCUGUUUAUAGUAGCAGCAUAUGCAUUAUAGCACAAAGACCCAUCAUACGCAAAAGGAAUUUAAGCACAACAUGCUUUGAGUACCUGAA